UCACCAAAAGGAUAAAAACAUUCUACAUAUCAAUCUCGUCUAUGUUCUCUUUCUCCUUCUGAGAAUUUUUCCUUUUGUCUUUUUUCCUGUUUUCUUGGAUUUGUUUUCCUAGGUAAAGAUUAUGUCUAUCUGGAAGAGAGGUCAUGAUCAAGGAACUUACUGCCAUGAAUCUGAAAACAUGUCUCGUCCACCACGACCCUGGAGGCCUAAACCUGAUCAUAACACUAAUUAUCUUCAUGGCCAUCAAUCUCGAUUUUCUGGGAGAAACUACACAACUAACUGGAGAAGAGUCGAUGGAGGAGGAAGAUAUCGACAGGAAGGGACAAGGGGAACUCAUCAUCCAAGGUUCCAUAACACGAAGCCUAAUGGCAUGAUCCUGUCCUUUGAAAAAAGGUUCUGCUGGGAAGUAGGGAGAAUGUCAUGGAAAAGGUUUGUGUAUGCCAAGAGGCACAUAUAUUUAUACGACAAGGUUAUGCAAUGGAAUGAUUCAGCGGUAAAAGAUGCUUUCUUUGAAGCAAAAGCUCGAUUUUCGGCGGAGUUGAGGGGUUGUCCUGGGCAUAUCCCUCUGCCAAGUCCGGACAUCUACAUCGACAGUGUUGACUGGAAUUCUGGAAUCGAAACUGAUGAGGAUCUUGAUGAUCCACUUUCAUCAAUCUCAGAUAUGGUGCCUGAUGAUGCCCAUGAAGCUGAUUGGGGAAAGAAAAUCUUUCCAGAGAGUUUUUACAUACCAUUGGAACAAAUCAAGGCUACAGGAUGGGAUGAGUAUUAAUUACAGGCACAAUGGUUCUUGAUGUG